GGCAAGCUGAACUUCGUGGAUCUGGCAGGGAACGAGGACGGGAAGAAGGGAGGGAGCCAGUCGAAGAACCUGGACACCAACUGCAUCAGCCACUCCCUCCAGUCUCUCGGGUCCGUCCUCCACGCUCUCAACUCGCACGCAGCACAGAUCCCCUACAAGGAGACCAAGAUCACUCAGCUGCUGCAGGACUCGAUGAACCCUUCGUCCUCGGUGAUGGUGAUGACGUGUAUAGCGCCCCACCCCAAGUUCUACCAGGACACGCACAACUCCCUCUGCUACGCCAACAAGGCUCGC